AUGUCAGCCGAUACAUUACCAACAACCGAUAUGGUUGUUAAAGAUGAGUUAAAUUCUUCAAUAACAAAUAAUCAACCAACAGAAUCAUUAAUGAAUGGUAUUCUACAUUCGGAUAAUACUAAGGAUGUUAAUGAAAGUUCAACGGAAGGACAAAAUGAAGCAAUACAAAAUACUUAUGAUAGUAAUGAACAAACAUCAUCGAAUAAAAAUGAGUUAGAACCAGAAGCACUACGAAAAGUUUUUAUUGGUGGUUUAUCUUAUAAAACAGAAGAUCAAACUUUUCGUGAUUAUUUUUCAAAAUUUGGAGAUAUUGAUGAUUGUAUCAUAAUGCGUGAUCGUGAAAAUCGUUCUCGAGGUUUUGGUUUUGUUACUUAUUUAUCAUCAACAAUGGUUGAUAAAUUAAUGGCUGCUCGUCCACAUGUACUUGAUUCACGUGAAAUCGAACCAAAACGAGCUAUACCAAAAGAAGAAAGUGGUAAACCAGAAUCAUCUUUAAGUGCUAAAAAAUUAUUUGUUGGUGGCAUUCGAGAAGGAACUAUUAAUGAAGAUGAUCUUAAAGAAUAUUUUUCAAAAUAUGGUCAUAUUAUUCAAACUGUUAUAAUGAAAACAAAUGAAGGAAAAUUUCGUGGUUUUGGAUUUGUUGAAUUUAAUGAUUAUGAUCCGGUAGAUAAAAUUGUACUUGAAAAACAUCAUGUUAUUAAAGGAAAUCCAGUUAAUGUCGAAAAAGCUUUGCCUAAAGAACAAACAAAUCGAGGUCGUAUAUCACAAUCACAAUAUGGUGGUCAAAGUGGCAGCGGUGGUGGUAUGCGUGGAUCAUCAUCAAGAAUGAGUGGUGGUAAUGGUGCCGGUGGUGGAUGGGGACCAAUGGGUGGUGGAUCGAAUUUUGCUGGUGUUGGUGGCGGUUAUCGAUCAGUUGGUGGUGGUUAUGGAGCCGGUGGUGAUUAUGGUACUAGAUCAGCACCCUAUGGUGGUGGCUAUGGUGGUGAUAUGGGUAGUGGUGGUAUGGUAGGUUAUGGCGGAUCGGCACCUAUGGGCGGAAACGAUUAUGGGAUGGGUGGAUCAGGUCGAGGAAAUUACAAUGAUAGUUUUGGUACAUGUAACCAACCAUCCGGGUUUGGUUUUGGUGACAAUUAUGGUUCAUCAUCGGGUGGUCCUAUGCGACGAGGAGGUGGUGGACGUGGUGGCGGUGCUCCUUAUAACCGUGGUGGUGGUCGUGGUGGAUUUCGUGGCCGCAAUCAACAAUAA